AUGGAUAUGGCCAUCGACACGCCAUCGCCGGCGCCGCCGCCCACGCCGCCGGCGCCGUCGGCAGCGGCGGGGCGUCAGACGCGUGCGGCGGAGGCGGUGCGUCUGGAGCACCAGCUGGUGCGCGUGCCUCUCGAGUCCCUACGCGCCACCGCCCGCUCGAACCACCGCCUCGCCGAGAAGGAGAUCGCCGCCGUCCUCUCCUCCUCCUCCGCGGCCCCCGCCGAGAGCAGUGCCGCCGCCGUCGACCACCUCACCUCCCUCGUCUCCCGCCUCCACGGCCUCAAGCGCAAGAUGGAAGAGGGCGCGCGGGCGGAGGAGCUGCAGGUGCAGCGCUGCCGGGCGCGUCUGGAUCGGCUGGCGACUGCCAGCACCGGUGACGACGCCGAGUGGGAGGACAUACGGCUGAAGAGGAUCCUGGUCGAUUACAUGCUUCGGAUGUCCUACUACGAUUCCGCCACCAAGCUCGCUGAGACUUCAGGUAUUCAGGAACUCGUUGAUAUUGAUGUCUUCCUGGAUGCAAAAAGAGUAAUUGAUUCUCUUCAGAAUAAUGAAGUUGCUCCUGCUUUAGCUUGGUGUGCAGAAAACAAGUCUCGACUAAAGAAAUCGAAGAGUAAGCUCGAGUUUUUACUGAGGCUUCAAGAAUUUGUGGAAUUUGUCAAGGCUAAGAAUUGCAUUCAGGCUAUAGCAUAUGCUCGAAAACACCUUGCUCCCUGGGGCUCUAUACACAUGAAAGAAUUGCAGCGUGUCACAGCAACAUUGGUUUUUAGAAGCAAUACUAACUGUACUCCAUACAAGAUAUUGUUUGAGCAAGACCGCUGGGACUAUCUUGUUGAAAUUUUCAAGCAAGAUUUUUGCAAGUUGUAUGGCAUGACCCUAGAGCCGUUGCUGAACAUAUACCUGCAAGCAGGCCUGACAGCUCUCAAGACCCCAUUCUGCACUGAGGGUAGCUGCCCUAGGGAAGACCCCUUGUCCCUGGAGGGCUUCAGGAAACUAGCCGAGCCUCUGCCCUUCUCUAAGCAACACCACUCGAAGCUUGUCUGUUACAUUACCAAGGAGCUCAUGGACACUGAGAACCCGCCUCGGGUUCUGCCGAACGGCUAUGUCUACAGUGAGAAGGCGCUUCAAGAGAUGUCCAAGAAAAAUGAUGGGAAGAUUACAUGCCCCAGGACAGGAGAUGUUUGCGACUUCUCAGAGUGUGUCAGGGCUUUCAUCUCCUAA